CACUGUCUCAAAGCUCACAGAAUAGGUACUUAUUACACUGUGUUCUCUGUCUUCAGUCUGUCAAAAUGACUUUGUCAUUAGUCUGUGAAUCAUGGCGCGCGCGUAAACAAGAAAAUUCAAUAAAAUUCCGUUUUCCGGUUAUCUUUACUUACAAACAAAGUAUUUAUACCAGCCUCUUUCGUUUACAAGAAAAUAUGUCCAAAAACGAAACUAGCACACGCACAUCAAAUGAAUUUUUGAAUGUAGAUUUUAUGCGAUCGCUUGUAAAACAGUACUCGGAAUUGGGUCAAUGGACAAGUGCAUUCUUCUGGGCGGACGCGGCGGCGGCGGCGGGUGGAGGCGACCAGGCCAGCGGGGACGACAUAUGGCUGCUCGCGAGCACCAUGCUAGCGCGCGGGGAGCUGCACCGUGCUGCUCAUGCUGUUGUAUCCAGGGAACUACAUAGGAGUCACUUGCUGUGCCUGGGGGUGGCGAUGAGGGCGUACCUGGCAGCCAAGGAGCCGGCCACCGCACUGUCCUUAUUGGAGGAGUGUGAUCCAAGCCUGAUGGAGCCGAGAACUACCGAUCAGACUCACAAUCGCGCGCUAGCCGGCGUCUUAGUGAGCCAGGCGCGCGCGCUGUCGGCUUUAGAGCGGCGCGAGGCGGGCGCGGGCGCGCUGGCGGCGGCGCUGCGGGCGGACGCCGCGUGCUACGAGGCGCUGCACCUGCUGCUGCAGCAGCACGCGCGCCCCACGCAACAAGAGAGUGAGCUAAUAGACUCGCUGCCGAUCAGCUCUCAGCUGGCGCCGGCGGAGGCUGCGCUGGUCCGUGGAGCGUACAAGGCGAGGCUGCAGCGGUACGCGCCGCUUCCCAAGACCCCGCCGCCUGUGUCGGAGUGCCCGAUAACAGCAGCCGCCGAAGAGGUCCGUUCCCGCACCGCCGAGGCCGCCAUCAGCCUCGCACGACGCCUCGCCGCCGCCUGCCGCUGGAAAGAAGCACUUUCUACCCUAGACUCAUUAGACCCCUGGUGUUGCGCCGAGGUCAGAGCGGCUUGUCUGCUGGAGCUCAAUAACAGCUCGCAGCUGUUCGUGUUCGCUCACGAGCUGGUCAACGCGUAUCCGAAUAGCUGGACCGCUUGGUUUGCGGUCGGCUGUUAUUAUUAUCUUAUUGGUAAGAGCGAGUUCGCGCGGCGCUACCUGAGCAAGGCGAAGAGCAUCGAGCCUGGCGCGGGCUGCGUGUGGCUCGCCUACGGACACAGCUUUGCGGCGGAUAAUGAACAUGAUCAGGCCAUGGCCGCUUACUUUAAGGCGUCUCAACUGAUGCCAGGCUGCCACCUGCCGCCGCUCUACGUCGGGGUAGAAUGCUCGCUUCUCUACAACACGUCCAUGGCGCAACGGUUCCUGUUGCGGGCAGCGUUGUUGCAUAAUAGUGUUGAGGCGGAGCCAGAGUCGGAAGACUCCGGCGGUUCAGAAAGCGCGCUGGGCUGGGAGCGCAUCCUGCGUUGCGUGACCUGCCCUCACGCCGCCCACGAGGCCGCCGCCGCCGCCCUAGCCGCCCAGCGCGUGGGCAAGGCCCGGCGGCUGUGGCUGCGAGCCAAGCAACUGGCUGAGGACCAGGGACCGCUACACCCUCGCUGGGCAGCCACCUACGAUGCCCUCGGCCACGUCUCCCGCAAGCAAGGCCGCUACGAAGAAGCCCUACAAUGGCACGAGAAAGCCCUUUCCAUCCGGCCCGGCCACGCCCCGACAUACUCCGCCAUGGGGUUGUGUCUAGCGCUAAAUGGACAAGAGGCGAAAGCUGCCGAUGCGCUGCACACGGCGUUAUCGAAGGAUCCGGAUGAUGCUGUGGCGCUGGCUUUGCUGGAUUUCAUUGUGGAGGCCCUUGAUGCGCAGUUGGAUGAGGAGGACAUCCCUCAGUUCCCAUUCCCGGCGGUGAGCAUCGCGCCCCCGCCCGCGCCCCCCGCGCCCGCCCCCGCGACCCCCGGCCCAGGGGGGGACAACACUAACGUCUCCGAUAUGAGCAUGAGCUUCGACUGAACCUAUACUAGUGCAUAUAUGUGUGUAACACAAGGUCUAUUUGUAAA